AUGUCAGAGUCCAACACCACCAAUUUCACCAACCCUUCCAUCUUUAUCCUGCUGGGCAUUCCGGGUCUGGAAAUGGCCCAUGUCUGGAUCUCCAUCCCCUUCUGCACCAUGUACGUCAUAGCCCUCUUGGGGAACUUCACCGUCAUGUUCGUCAUCAAGAAGGAGCCGAGCCUCCAUGUGCCCAUGUACUAUUUCCUCUGCAUGCUGUCUGUCACCGACCUGGUCCUCUCCACGUCCAUCCUGCCCAAAAUGCUGAGCAUCUUCUGGUUCAAUUCCAGAGAGAUUGAUUUCAGUGCCUGCUUCACCCAGCUCUUUUUCUUUCACUGUUUUUUAGUGAUUGAGUCUGGGAUCUUCGUGGCCAUGGCGUUGGAUCGCUACGUGGCCAUCUGCCAUCCCCUGCGACAUUCCACAAUCCUGAGAAACCCUGUGGUGGGCAAGGUCUGCCUGGCUGUGUUGCUGCGCAGUAGCUUGGUCACACUGCCCAUGAUCCUCUUGCCUUAUAGCGCACACAUGCCAGUGGUGGGGCUGGCCUGUGGUGACACUAGAGCCAGUAGUUAUUACGGCCUUUUUGUGCUCUUCUGUGUGAUGUGUCUGGAUAUGGUGUUCAUUGCUGUGUCGUACACCCAUAUCCUCAGGGCCAUCUUCAGAAUCCCUACCAAGGACGCCCAGCUCAAGACAUUCGGGACCUGUAGCUCCCACCUCUGUUCCAUUUUAGUGUUUUACAUCCCAGGUCUCUUCUUCUCCCUCACAUCUCGAUAUAACCAGAAUGGGCCUCACCAUUUCCAUGCUCUCAUCAACCACAUGUACUCCUUGAUGUCCCCCAUGUUCGACCCCAUCAUCUAUGGGAUGAGGACCAAGCAGAUACGGGACAGGCUGCUGCGUCUCUUUAUUCAUAAGGGUGCCUCCCUGCCUAUUCCCUCAAAGAAAAGCCUCUUGCCCAAUCUUUUCCCCCAUGGUCCCACUUCCUUCUCCACUGCAUCCCUCAAGUCUCCACCUCUGUUCUGA